AUGAAUUACUUUGUGCUUAUCCGCACCAUCUAUAAUCAGGCCAUUGCCGCCAAGCUAGCCGACCGUAACGGCUACCCUUUCGGCAAGGAAGGUAUCAGCAUUAAAUUCCCCGGCUCGAUCAAGAUCGGCCUGUCCAUGGAAGAUGUAAAAAAGCUUGAAACACUUGAUCUGUCGGAUAACGAGUUUCACAACCACGCUCGGAAUAUUUGGCUGCUGUCUUUCUAUUUUGCAGGCGUCCGGGCUGGUGAUAGUUUGUUGCUGAAAUGGUCAGAUUUUCAGAAUGACCGCCUGUAUUACAGCAUGAACAAGAAUGAUAAGGCUGGUAGUCUUAAACUGCCUGAAAAGGCGGUUGCUAUCCUAAACCAAUACAAGGGUAAGGAAACCAAGCACGAUCUGAUUUUUCCUGAACUGACUAUUUUAGACAGGCUGGAUGAUCUUUAUGAGGUGCAGCGCAAGACCUCGUAUGCCGUGAAAAAACUGGAUAAGGCUUUAAAAGAAAUUGCCGUGAAAGCGGAAAUCACUACGCCGCUGACGAUGCAUAUUUCCCGACAUACAUUUGGCAAUAUCUCCGGUGAUAAAAUUCCGGUGCAAAUGCUGCAAAAGCUUUAUCGGCAUUCCUCCAUUACCACUACAAUUGGAUAUCAGGCCAAUUUUAUUCAUCAAGAUACUGACGAUGCUUUAAAUGCUGUAAUUAAUAUUAGAUAG